CAAAGGCCAGUAAAAAAUGUCGGGAGAAGCAGUAGAAAAGAAACUCUACAACGCUGCAUCAAAAGGAGAUGUAACAACACUUGUACAUCUCCUUGAAGAAGAUCCAUAUCUUGUUCAUGGAGUCUUAUUUCCAUACUCAAGAAAUCUUCUCCACAUAGCAGCAAUACAUGGACAAAAAUCCAUCAUUGAAGAAGUGCUUAACCUUAAUCCAGAGCUAGCUUGUAUUUCAGACUCCCAAAAAUCAUCGCCUCUCCACAUUGCAGCAGCACGAGGGCACGUCGAGAUUGCCUCGAUAUUGCUCUCAAAAGCCCCAGAGAUGUGCUGGCAGCGCGACGACCAAGGCAUGAAUCCGGUUCAUGUUGCAGCAAUGAAUGGGCAUGUCGAGAUUCUAGAACUUCUCCUUGUAGAGAGCUCUAUGCCCGCGAUGGAGAGACUGCAUCACGGACAGACUGUGUUGCAUUUGUGUGUGAAGCAUGCUCAACUUAGGGCGUUAAAGGUUUUAGUGGAGAAGAUGGGAGAUCUUGUGUGUACAAAAGAUUAUGAUGGUGAUACAUUAUUGCAUUGCGCUGUCAGAUGCAACCAACUCGAGAUGAGCAAAAGCAUAAUGGUGGUGGUAAUCCUGAUCGCGACAAUGGCCUUCCAGUCGGCCACCAGCCCCGCGGGCGGAGUAUGGAGUGAAGAUGACGCCAGGCACUCUUACAAAGCCGGGAAGGCUGUGAUGGCAUCCACCCACCCCUAUAUGUACAAGAAGAUGACGCUCGCCAACACGAUGGCCUUCAUAUGUUCCCUCACCGCGAUGUACCUCUUCACCACCAGGAUCCAUGUCAAUAACUUAUUCUUCAUGAUGGCGUCCUGGACGGCCAUGUUAGCGGCACUGCUAUCUAUCACAAUCACCUACAUAGCGUCGGUGUAUAUGAUCACUCCGGAUGAGAUUAUGCACUCGACAGGAAACAAGAUUCUUCUGGUGGUGAUGCUGGUGCUGUACGGAUUUGGACUGAUAUCCAUGUUUGUUAGUUUUGUAAUUCAAUUGCACCAGUCAUGGGAUAAUAAGAGGCGGCGACAACUAGAUCUUUCUGCCGAUGCUUUCCCGUGGCGUGUUUUCUAUUGGAUUUUUCAGCAGAUGGAGGAGACGCGGGGUCAUUUUCAGAUGUUUCAGCGGUAGGAGAUAUUUCAGCAGUUGGAGACGCGGCUUUUUUGAGAUAUUUAUGAUUUUAUUUUCUAAUGUUAUAUUGUACCCCUACGUCUGUCAUUAAUAAGUU